AUGUCCACUGAAAACACUUCUUUGGUCGUUGAACUAUUGGAGUACGUGAAGCUUGGUCUUUCGUACUUCCAAGCUCUGCCAUUGGCGCAGAGAGUGUCUAUUAUGGUCGCCUUGCCAUUUGUGUACACCAUCACAUGGCAAUUGCUUUACUCCUUGAGAAAGGACAGACCACCACUUGUGUUCUACUGGAUCCCAUGGGUCGGCUCUGCUAUCCCAUACGGUACCAAGCCAUACGAGUUCUUCGAAGACUGCCAAAAGAAAUACGGUGAUAUCUUCUCUUUCAUGCUAUUGGGUAGAAUUAUGACUGUCUACUUGGGUCCAAAGGGUCACGAAUUCAUCUUCAACGCCAAGUUGGCCGAUGUUUCCGCUGAAGCUGCUUACUCCCACUUGACCACCCCAGUGUUCGGUAAAGGUGUUAUCUACGAUUGUCCAAACCACAGACUAAUGGAACAAAAGAAGUUUGUCAAGGGUGCUUUGACUAAGGAAGCCUUUGUCAGAUACGUUCCAUUGAUCGCUGAGGAAAUCUACAAGUACUUCAGAAACUCCAAGAACUUCAAGAUCAACGAAAACAACUCCGGUAUCGUCGACGUUAUGGUCUCCCAACCUGAAAUGACUAUCUUCACUGCUUCCAGAUCCUUGCUAGGUAAGGAAAUGAGAGACAAGUUGGACACCGACUUCGCUUACUUGUACAGUGACUUGGACAAGGGUUUCACCCCAAUUAACUUCGUCUUCCCUAACUUGCCUCUAGAACACUACAGAAAGAGAGAUCAUGCCCAACAAGCUAUCUCUGGUACUUACAUGUCCUUGAUUAAGGAAAGACGUGAGAAGAACGAUAUCCAAAACCGUGACUUGAUUGAUGAAUUGAUGAAGAACUCCACUUACAAGGAUGGUACUAAGAUGACCGACCAAGAAAUUGCCAACCUAUUGAUUGGUGUCUUGAUGGGUGGUCAACAUACUUCCGCUGCUACCUCCGCUUGGUGUCUAUUGCAUUUGGCUGAAAGACCAGAUGUCCAAGAAGAAUUAUACCAAGAACAAAUGCGCGUCUUGAACAACGAUACCAAGGAAUUGACUUACGAUGACCUACAAAACAUGCCUCUAUUGAACCAAAUGAUCAAGGAAACUUUGAGAUUGCACCACCCAUUGCACUCUUUGUUCCGUAAAGUCAUGAGAGAUGUCGCUAUUCCAAACACUUCCUACGUUGUCCCAAGGGACUACCACGUUCUAGUCUCCCCAGGUUACACUCACUUGCAAGAAGAAUUCUUCCCUAAGCCAAAUGAAUUCAACAUCCACCGUUGGGACGGUGAUGCUGCUUCUUCCAGUGCUGCUGGUGGUGACGAAGUUGAUUACGGUUUCGGUGCUAUCUCCAAGGGUGUUUCCUCUCCAUACUUGCCAUUCGGUGGUGGUAGACACAGAUGUAUCGGUGAAUUGUUCGCUUACUGUCAAUUGGGUGUGUUGAUGUCCAUUUUCAUCAGAACCAUGAAAUGGCGUUACCCAACUGAAGGUGAAACUGUCCCACCAUCUGACUUCACCUCCAUGGUCACCCUACCAACUGCCCCUGCUAAGAUCUACUGGGAAAAGAGACAUCCAGAACAAAAGUACUAG